CCAAGCACUCUAUAUAAGACAUCAGCAACUACAGAGGACACACCAACAACUACAGCUACAAUUGUACCAACAACAGAAAUGUCCACUACCACUGGAUAUAAUCAACCAAAUGAAACAGCUGCAGAAAGAGCAACAACAGAAUCAAUUAAAAUAACAUCUACUUUAGUUCCAAACACAAUAACUGAAUCAACAACAACUAGAGCGGAAACUCCAUUAACUACAUCUACAACGAUACCAUCAACUACAAUACUAGCAGAAGUGACUAUAAUCACUGAAUCCACAACACAAGCUACAACAACCACAGAACCAACAACCUCAGAUUUGACACAAAGAGAACUAACUGAAUCUACAACUAUUGUGGGCCCAGACACAACAACUCCAGCCUCAGCAACUACAAAGGAAACUCCAAUAACUACAGCUACACCUGUAAUAAUAACACAAGCUGAAACAACAGAAUCAACUACAUCAGAAUUAACUGCAUUUACAACUAUACUAAUUCCAAGCACUGUAUAUAAGACAUCAGCAACUACAGAGGAGACACCAACAACUACAACCACUGGAUAUAAUAAACAGGCUGCCGAAUCAACUGAAUUAACAACUAUUUUAUUUCCAAGCACAAUAACUGAAUCAACAACAAUGAGAGAGGAUUCUCUAUUAACUACAUCUACAACUAUACCAUCAAGUACAAUACUGACAAAAAUAACUACUAUUACUGAAUCCACAACACAGGCUACCACAACCACAGAAACAACAACCUCAGAUUUGACACCAAGUGAAUUAACUAAAUCUACAACUAUUCUGGGCCCAGACACAACAACUCCAGCCUCAGCAACUACAGAGGGAACACCAGCAACUACAGCUACACCUGUAAUUAUAACACAAGCAAAAACAAUAGAAUCAACUGCAGCAGAAUUAACAGCAUUUACAACUACACUGAUUCCAAGCACUCUGUAUAAAACAUCAGCAACUACAGAGGAGACACCAACAACUACAGCUACAACUGUACCAACAACAGAAAUGUCCACUAUCACUGGAUAUAAUCAACCAGAUGAAACAGCUGCAGAAAGAGCAACAACAGAAUCAAUUAAAAUAACACCUACUUUAGUUCCAAACACAAUAACUGAAUUAACAACAACUAGAGCAGAAACUCCAUUAACUACAUCUACAACAAUACCAUCAACUACAGUACUAGCAGAAGUGACUAUAAUCACUGAAUCCACAACACAAGCUACAACAACCACAAAACCAACAACCUCAGAUUUGACACAAAGAGAACUAACUGAAUCUACAACUAUUGUGGGCCCAGACACAACAACUCCAGCCUCAGCAACUACAAAGGAAACUCCAAUAACUACAGCUACACCUGUAAUAAUAACACAAGCUGAAACAACAGAAUCAACUACAUCAGAAUUAACUGCAUUUACAACUACACUGAUUCCAAGCACUCUGUAUAAAACAUCAGCAAAUACAGAGGAGACACCAACAACUACAGCUACAACUGUACCAACAACAGAAAUUACAACUACCACUAGAUAUAAUCAACCAGUUGAAACAGCUGCAGAAACAGCAACAACAGAAUCAAUUAAAAGAACAUCUACUUUAUUUCCAAACACAAUAACUGAAUCAGCAACAACUAGAGAGGAUUCUCUAUCAACCACAUCUACAACGAUACCAUCAACUACAAUACUAGCAGAAAUGACUAUAAUCACUGAAUCCACAACACAAGUUACAACAACCACAGAACUGACAACAAGAAAUCUAACUGAAUCUACAACUAUUCUGGGCCCAGAUACAACAACUCCAGCCUCAGCAACUACAAAGGGAACACAAUCAACUACAGCUACACCUGUAAUAACAACACAAGCUGAAACAACAGAAUCAACUACAGCAGAUUUUACAGCAUUUACAACUACACUAAUUCCAAGCACUGCAUAUAAGACAUCAGCAUCUACAGAGGAGACACCAACAACUACAGCUGCAACUGUACCAACAACAAAAAUGACUACAACCACUGGAUAUAAUAAACAGGCUGCAGAAUCAACUGAUUUAACAACUUUUUUAUUUUCAAGCACAAUAACUGAAUCAAAAACAACUAGAGAGGAUUCUCUAUUAACUACAUUUACAACUAUACCAUCAAGUACAAUACUGACAAAAAUAACUACUAUCACUGAAUCCACAACACAGGCUACCACAAACACAGAACCAACAACAACAGUAUUGACACCAAGUAAAUUAACUGAAUCUACAACUAUUCUGGGCCCAGACACAACAAAUCCAGCCUCAGCAACUACAGAGGGAACACCAGCAACUACAGCUACACCUGUAAUUAUAACACAAGCAAAAACAAGAGAAUCAACUGCAGCAGAAUUAAGAGCAUUUACAACUACACUGAUUCCAAGCACUCUGUAUAAAACAUCAGCAACUACAGAGGAGACACCAACAACUACAGCUACAACUGUACCAACAACAGAAAUUACAACUACCACUGGAUAUAAUCAACCAGUUGAAACAGCUGCAGAAAGAGCAACAACAGAAUCAAUUAAAAUAACAUCUACUUUAUUUCCAAACACAAUAACUGAAUCAACAACAACUAGAGAGGAUUCUCUAUUAACCACAUCUACAACGAUACCAUCAACUACAAUACUAGCAGAAAUGACUAUAAUCACUGAAUCCACAACACAAGUUACAACAACCACAGAACCAACAACCUCAGAACUGACAACAAGAAAUCUAACUGAAUCUACAACUAUUCUGGGCCCAGAUACAACAACUCCAGCCUCAGCAACUACAAAGGGAACACAAUCAACUACAGAUACACCUGUAAUAUCAACACAAGCUAAAACAACAGAAUCAACUACAGCAGAUUUUACAGCAUUUACAACUACACUAAUUCCAAGCACUGCAUAUAAGACAUCAGCAUCUACAGAGGAGACACCAACAACUACUGCUGCAACUGUACCAACAACAGAAAUGAUUACAACCACUGGAUAUAAUAAACAGGCUGCAGAAUCAACUGAUUUAACAACUUUUUUAUUUUCAAGCACAAUAACUAAAUCAACAACAACUACAGCUACACCUGUAAUUAUAACACAAGCAAAAACAAUAGAAUCAACUACAGCAGAAUUAACAGCAUUUACAACUACACUGAUUCGAAACACUCUAUAUAAGACAUCAGUAACUACAGAGGAGACACCAACAACUACAGCUACAACUAUACCAACAACAGAAAUUACCACUACCACUGGAUAUAAUCAACCAGUUGAAACAGCUGCAGAAACAGCAACAACAGAAUCAAUUAAAAGAACAUCUACUUUAGUUCCAAACACAAUAACUGAAUCAACAACAACUGCAGAGGAUUCUCUAUUAACCACAUCUACAACGAUACCAUCAACUACAAUACUAGCAGAAAUGACUAUAAUCACUGAAUCCACAACACAAGUUACAACAACCACAGAACCAUCAACCUCAGAAAUUACAACAAGAAAACUAACUAAAUCUACAACUAUUCUGUGCCCAGAUACAACAACUCCAGCCUCAGCAACUACAAAGGGAACACAAUCAACUACAGCUACACCUGUAAUAACAACACAAGCUGCAACAACAGAAUCAACUACAGCAGACUUUACAGAAUUUACAACCACACUGAUUCCAAACACUGCAUAUAAGACAUCAGCAACUACAGAAGAGACACCAACAACUACAGCUGCAACUGUACCAACAACAGAAAUUACUACAACCACUGGAUAUAAUAAACAGGCUGCAAAAUCAACUGAUUUAACAACUAUUUUAUUUUCAAGCACAAUAACUGAAUCAACAACAACUAGAGAUGAUUCUCUAUUAACUACAUCUACAACGAUACCAUUAACUACAAUACUAGCAGAAAUAACUAUAAUCACUGAAUCCACAACACAAGUUACAACAACCACAGAACCAUCAACCUCAGAAAUGACAACAAGAAAACUAACUGAAUCUACAACUAUUCUGGGCCCAGAUACAACAACUCCAGCCUCAGCAACUACAAAGGGAACACAAUCAACUACAGCUACACCUGUAAUAACAACACAAGCUGCAACAACAGAAUCAACUACAGUAGACUUUACAGAAUUUACAACCACACUGAUUCCAAGCACUGCAUAUAAAACAUCAGCAUCUACAGAGGAGACACCAACAACUACAGCUGCAACUGUACCAAAAACAGAAAUGACUACAACCACUGGAUAUAAUAAACAGGCUGCAGAAUCAACUGAAUUAACAACUAUUUUAUUUUCAAGCACAAUAACUGAAUCAACAACAACUAGAGAGGAAUCUCUAUUAACUACAUCUACAACUAUACCAUCAAGUAAAAUACUGACAAACAUGACUACUAUCACUGAAUCCACAACACAGGCUACCACAACCACAGAAACAACAACAGUAGUGACACCAAGUGAAUUAACUGAAUUAACUGAAACUAAUCUGGGCCCACACACCACAAAUCCUGCCUCAGCAACUACAGAGGGAACACCAUCAACUACAGUUACACCUGUACUAUCCACACACACUGAAAAAACAGAAUCAAGUACAGCAGAAUUUACAGCAUUUACAACUAAACUGAUUCCAAGCACUCUAUAUAAGACAUCAGCAACGACAGAGGAGACACCAACAACUACAGCUACAACUGUACCAACAACAGAAAUUACCACUACCACUGGAUAUAAUAAACCAGAUGAAACAGCUGCAGAAACAGCAGCAAUAGACCCAAUUAAAAUAACAUCUACUUUAGUUCCAAACACAAUGACUAAAUCAUCAAUAACUAGAGCGGAAACUCCAUUAAUUACAUCUACAUCUAUACCAUCAACUACAAUACUAGCAGAAGUGACUAUAAUCACUGAAUCCACAACACAAGCUACAACAAUCACAGAACCAACAACCUCAGAUUUGACACAAAGAGAACUAACUGAAUCUACAACUAUUCUGGGUCCAGAUACAACAACUCCAGCCUCAGCAACUACAAAGGGAACACCAAUAACUACAGUUACACCUGUAAUAAUAACACAAGCUAAAACUACAGAAUCAACUUCAGCAGAAUUAUUAGCAUUUACAACUACACUGAUCCCAAGCACUGUAUAUAAAACAUCAGCAACUACAGAGGAGACACCAACAACUACAGCUGCAACUGUACCAACAACAGAAAUGACUACCACCAAUGGAUAUAAUAAACAGGCUGCAGAGUCAACUAAAUCAACUACUAUUUUAUUUCCAAGCACAAUAACUGAAUCAAGAACAACUAGAGAGGAUUCUACACCUGCAACUAUACCAUCAAGUACAAUACUCACAGAAGUGACACAAUUUACCACUCUUACAGAAAUGGCACCAAAGGAUUUAACUGAAUCUACAACUAUUCUGGGCCCAUACACAACAGCCUCACUUACUACAGAGGAAACACCAAACAUUACACGUACAACAUUUUUAACAGCACAGGAUGAAACAGCAGAAUUAACAGCAUUUACAACUACACUGAUUCCAAGCACUGUAUAUAAGACAUUGUCAACUACAGAGGAGACACCAACAACUACAGCUACAACAGUACCAAUGAAAGAAAUGACUAUUACUACUGAAUACAGAAAACAGGCUGCAACAACAACAGAAAAUGCAGCAACAAAAUCAACUGAAUUAACAACUACUUUAUUUCUAAGCACAAUAAAUGAAUCAUCAACAACUACAGAGGAAUCUGUAUUAACUAUUCCUACAAUUACAAUACUGACAGAAGAGAUUACUAUCACUGAAUCCACAACACGAGAUACCACAACCACAGAACCAACAACAACAGUAUUGACACGAAGACAACUAAUUAAAUCUACAACUAUUCUGAGCCCAAACACUACAACUCCAACCUCAGCAACUACAGAGGGAACACAAACAACUACACCUACAACAAUUUCAACAGCACAAGUUGAAACAACAGAAUCAACUACAGCAGAAUUAACAGAAUUAACAACUAAUGUGAUUCCAAGCACUCUAUAUAAGACAUCAGCAACUACAGAGGAGACACCAACAACUACAGCUACAACUGUACCAACAACAGAAAUGCUCAUUCCUACUGAGCAUAAAAAACAGUCUGUAACAACCACAGGAACAGCAAUAACAGAAUCAAUUGAAUUAACAUUUAAUUUUAUUCCAAGCACAAUAACUGAAUCCUCAACAACUAGAGAGGAUUCUAUUUUAACUACACCAUUAACUACAAUACUGUCAGAUUCAGCGACUGCUAUCGCUGAAUCCACAACACAGACUAACACAACCACAGAACCAACAACAACAGAAUUGCUCGCUACCAUAUCUACAUCACAAGCUACAACAAUUGUAGAACCAACAAGAGCAAAAUUAGCUACAUCUUCUAUACUGAUUCCAGCCCCUGAAACAUUGACAACUACCGAGGGGACACCAACAAAUAAAGCUACAACUAUGCCACAAACUACAAUACUAACAACAGAAGUAGCCACUGGCUCAAAAUCCACAACACACUCUACAAUAAAUACCGAUUUAAAUACAGUAGAAUUAUUUGAAUUGAAAACUACAUUAACUCCAAGCACCACAAUGGACCAACUAAUAACUUCAGAGAACACUCUGUUAACUACACCUAAAACUCCAAAUAUAAUACUAACACCAGAAUCCUCUCAUAAAACUGAAACCACAAUUCAGGCUACAUCCACCACAGAACAAAAAACAGCAGAACCAACUCUUUUAGCAACCAUCACAACUCCAGCUGCAACAGAAGUACAAACAACUACAGAGAAAAAGCUAUUAAAUACACCUACAUCUGUAUUUCAGACUAAACUACUAUCAACAGAAUUAUCCACUGCCACUGAUUCUAUAACAACAGCAGAUAGAACAAUUACAUCAACAGAACAGGUUACUGACACUGAAUCCAUAAAAGAAACUGCAGACACAACUGUUUUAUUUCCUAUCACUGCAAAUAAAGAACAAACAAUUAUGAAAGAAAAAUCAACAAUCCCAACUUCACUUGUAAGACUAACAACUAUACCAACUGCUGAACCAGAAACUACCAUAAAAUUCACAAAAAACAGACAACUACAAAUGUAAUAACAGCUGAAGCAACUGCAGAAUUUAUUGGAUUAACAACUGACUUAUCUGCAAGCAUCAAAACUGAAUCAUCAACUACAGUGGAAACUACACCAAAUGCACCUACAACUGUGACACCUACUGCAACUCUGAAAAUGGAAGCAACUGCCUCCAUUAAAUCCACAACACAGACUAUAACACCAACAGAAACAACAACAGCAGACACAACUGCAUUUACAAGUAUUCUGGUUAUAAACACCACACCUGAAGAACUAGGAAUUGCAGAGGUAAAACAAACUACACAUAAAAUAUCAUCAACAAAAGAAAUGACAAUUAAACCUGAAUCCACACAGGCUCCAAUAAACAUUGGACCAACAACAGGAGAAACAACUCUUUUACCAACCAUCAUAACUCCAUUCAUAAAUACAGUACAAACAUCUACAGAGAAAAAUCUAUUAACUACACCUACAUCUGAACAUCAAACUAAACAAGAAUUUACUAGAUUAACAUCUAAUAAAGAUUUUGGCUUAAGCAUCCCAACUGGAGAAUCAACAAUUACAGAGGAAAUCCAUACAAAUGUGCCCCCAUCUACAUUUCUUGCGAUAGACAUUACCACAAGCAUAAAAUCCACAAUAGAGACUACACCAUUCACAGAACAAAUGACAGCAAUAUUAACUCCAUUAACAAGCACCAUAGUUCCAGAAACAACUGAAAAAAUGCCAUCAACUUCAUACACAACUUCUUUACUAACUACACCACUGACAAUAGAAACAACCACUACCAUUGAAUCUACAACACAGGAUAGAACAACCACAAAGUCAACAAAAGCAGAAACAACUAUAUUAACAACUAACAUAUCUGCAAGCACCACAACUAAAUCACCAAAAACUACAGAUCAACCUCCAUCAAUUACAAGAAAAAUGGUGCCACAAUCUAUCACUCAAACAAUGGAAGCAACCAUUCUAACUGAAUUCACAGCACAGGCUGAGGCUGUAACCUCCACAGAACUUAUGACACCAGGCUCAAAUGCAUCUUUAAUUACUAUGAUUAAAAGUACCACACCUGAAGCAUCAACAACUUCAGAAGCAAAAGAAACAUCUACAAUCAAACCAUCAAAAGAAGUGGCCAUUACCACUGAAUUUACAACACAGUCUACAAUAACCAUGAAAGCAGCAAAUGCAGAGUCAAAUAUAUUAAUGACCACUAUAGUGCCACCCACCAUGACUGAAGUACAAUCAACACCAUCAACUGCUACCCCUACAACUAUACAGGCAACUAAAACUAUGAGAACAGCAAUGUUUACAACAGAACAACUGGCCAGCCAGCCUGAACCUACAACAGAAUCAACUGUAGGCACCCCAAAAUCUGUGACUGAAGUACAAAUAACUACAAAAGAAAUGUCAAGAAUUUCAGAUUUAAUUUUAAAACUAUCCACACCCAUCAAGGAAUCACACUUUACUAGAGAAUCCACAAAACAGGAAACUACAACAACUGCAGGACCAAUAUCAAAAACAAUUGCACCUACAGAUUUAACUGUAUAUUUAAAUAUUUCCACUCCAACCCCUACAACAGAAGUACCACCAACUACAAAGAAAACACCUGCAAAUACACAUACAUCUGUAACUUUAAUCACAAUACCAACAUCCAAAGAAAUCUCUAUCACUGAAUUCACCUCACAGUCUACAACAACCACAGAACAAACAAGAACUACUAAAAACACAGACACUAAAGAGCCAACAAGCACAAUAGAAGCUCAGAGAACAUUUUAUAUUGUAACUCUAGUAGAAGGAACCACUGUUACUGAGCCUACAACACAGGUUGCAAAGACCAUAAAGUCAACAACAGCAUCACCAUUUAGUAUAGCUCUAAGCACUAGGACUGUGGAACCAAAAACUCAGUCUUCGACUACACCAAUGACCAAAUAUGCAUCGGCAUCCCCUCCUGAUCCCAAAACAACAACAGAAACAUUAACAUCAAAAUCAACUUCAUCUGCAAUUACUUUAUUUCCAAUUACUACAGUUGAAGCACAAACAACUAGAAAGAAGACACUAACCACUACAUUUACAAGUGUUCCAGCAACAGUGAAGACAAGUGAUAUUUCAAUUCCAAACACUUCGGCUGCAGAGGAAACAUCAUCUAUACCAACAAUUGUACAACUAACAACCAUAAAAUCACCCGAAAUAAGCAUGGCCACAAUCACAUCUACAAUGACUCUCCCUCUAAACAUUACAACUGAAGCACUAACAGCUCCAGAGGAUUCUAUAAUUUCUACAGCCACAUACAUUACACCAACAACUCGAACAUCUAAAUCAGAAUUAACAAUUGAAAGUUCAUCCUCUGCUCAGCCAACUGCACCACCAUUUUUUACAAAUGUACAACAAUCUUCUGCAACUCUAAGUUUUUUAAGUGAAAAAUCAAAUGUAUAUACAUCUGUUUUGCCAAGUCCACUCAUUACAAGCACUACAACUGAGGAUGUAACUCUAACAACUUUAAAUAAAUCUGAAAUAAGCACAGCUAAAGCAAAAACUGUGGAUGACACUGCAAUUUUAGCCACAACUACAUUCACUAAAGCUGUCACUUCAUCCAAUUAUUCAAGUGCAGAAUUAACAAUUUAUACGAGAUCUCCCAACCUUUCAACUUACACAGUGCCUCUCUUCAUGAUAGCUGGUACAGGUGUGGGUCAAACCAUAUUGGUGUUCAAUUCAUCUGCACCUAUUCCUACUGAGACUCUGGUCCUGUUGAGUUCUCAGCUCACAAGCAUAAGUGAUUUAAUACAAGUCACAAACUUUACCAGUGAA